CAACUCCAAUUAAUUCACAAUCAUCUCAACUCUCCUUUAUUUCUUCCCAUCUGCAUUACACUUUUCAGAUUCAAUCUGAGCCACCCACAAUAACCAAGCAGAAGAAGAAGAAGAAAAUUAUUUUGCUCUUGGAGUUGAGGCUCUUUCUGCAUGGGAUUCUCCUAACCUAAUACAAUUCACUCGGUCAACACAUACAUUACCCGUUUCUCCAUUCUCAUCUAUUUCUCGCCGUCUCAUCCUAUCAUAUAUCAAGCUUCCCUUUCAUGUUCUCUUUUACAAAAAUCUAAGGCAAGCAACUCAGCAGCAAUCACGUAAUUAUAAUGGAGAUAGAGGCAAGCAGACCACCAGCAGCAGCAGCAAAUGGAUUGAGUCCUCUAAGCGAGACUCUGUGGAGAGAAAAGGCCAUUACAGAAUUCGAUGGGGAUGUGUCGGCGAGGCUUACAUGGAAGGAUCUGACUGUGAUGGUGACUCUUAGCAAUGGAGAGACGCAAAACGUUUUGGAAGGACUCACUGGCUAUGCUGAGCCCGGAACACUCACUGCUCUCAUGGGGCCUUCUGGCUCCGGCAAAUCCACUCUGCUCGAUGCUCUCUCUAGUCGCCUUGCGGCUAAUGCUUUCCUUUCUGGUUCCAUUCUCCUUAAUGGUCGCAAAACCAAGCUCUCCUUCGGAACUGCUGCGUAUGUCACGCAAGAUGACAACUUGAUCGGCACUCUAACGGUGAGGGAAACAAUCUGGUAUUCAGCUCGACUACGACUCCCUGAUAAGAUGCCUCGCUCGGAGAAGCGGGCUUUGGUUGAGAGAACCAUUAUAGAGAUGGGUCUUCAAGAUUGUGCAGAUACUGUAAUUGGAAAUUGGCAUUUGCGUGGGAUCAGCGGAGGGGAGAAAAGAAGGGUCAGUAUAGCUCUUGAAAUCCUAAUGAGGCCUAGAUUGCUCUUCCUUGAUGAACCAACCAGCGGACUUGACAGUGCUUCGGCUUUCUUUGUAACUCAGACAUUACGUGGCCUGUCUAGAGAUGGAAGGACUGUCAUUGCUUCGAUUCACCAGCCUAGUAGUGAAGUUUUUGAGCUCUUUGAUAGAUUGUACUUGCUUUCUGGAGGCAAAACUGUUUAUUUUGGUCAGGCUUCAGAGGCCUACGAGUUCUUUGCACAAGCUGGUUUUCCCUGUCCUGCUCUGAGGAACCCAUCUGAUCAUUUCCUGAGAUGCAUCAAUUCUGACUUUGACAAAGUAAAGGCUACUUUGAAGGGGUCCAUGAAAUUGCGGUUUGAGUCAAGUGAUGAUCCUUUGGACAAGAUAACAACAGCUGAAGCCAUAAGAACUCUACUUGACCACUACAGAACUUCCCAGAACUAUUAUGCAGCAAGACAAAAAGUUGAGGAGAUAUCCAAAGUUAAAGGAACUGUUAUAGAUUCAGGGGGAAGCCAGGCUAGUUUCUUGAUGCAGGCCUUUACUUUAACCAGGCGUUCAUUCAUCAAUAUGUCAAGGGACUUUGGGUAUUACUGGCUAAGGCUUGUGAUUUACAUCGUAGUCACCAUCUGCAUUGGAACCAUCUACUUGAAUGUGGGGACAGGUUACAAUUCAAUUCUGGCUAGAGGAUCAUGUGCCUCCUUUGUGUUUGGUUUUGUCACUUUCAUGUCAAUUGGCGGGUUUCCUUCUUUUGUAGAAGAUAUGAAAGUAUUCCAAAGAGAGAGAAUGAAUGGUCAUUAUGGUGUCACUGCCUUUGUGAUUAGCAACACAAUCUCUGCAAUGCCAUUCCUGAUAAUGAUCACCUUCAUCUCUGGAACUAUUUGUUACUUCAUGGUCAACCUUCACCCAGGUUUCGAACAUUAUUUAUUCUUCGUGUUGUGCCUUUAUGCAAGUGUCACAGUGGUUGAGAGCUUGAUGAUGGCUAUAGCUAGCAUUGUCCCCAACUUCCUCAUGGGUAUCAUCAUCGGUGCUGGAAUUCAGGGAAUAUUCAUGCUAGUGUCAGGGUACUUCAGGCUUCCAAAUGAUAUACCAAAGCCUGUUUGGCGUUAUCCAAUGUCGUACCUUAGUUUCCAUUUCUGGGCUCUACAGGGGCAAUAUCAGAAUGAUCUGAGAGGCUUAUGGUUCGACAACCAGACACCAGAUCUUCCCAAGAUUCCUGGUGAGUACAUACUGGAAAAUGUAUUCCAGAUAGACGUGCACCGAUCAAAAUGGGUGGAUCUCAGUGUCAUCUUCAGCAUGAUCGUAGCAUACCGCAUCAUCUUUUUUAUAAUGAUCAAGAUAAGUGAGGAUGUCACACCUUGGAUUAGAGGUUAUAUAGCAAGGAGAAGAAUGCAGCAGAAGAAUGGGACUCAAAAUACAACAGUAGCUCCUGAUGGUCUCACCCAUUCUCCUUCUUUAAGGACUUACAUCGCAAAUCGUCCUACUGGAACUGGCAAAAGGUAGAUCAAAGAGAUGCUUUGAUAUGGUAGGGCUUUCUGCUCAAAGAGAUGUUAUUGACACUAAAUUUCAAGUUAUAUUCCGAUCUAUGGAAAAAAAAAAAACAGGAAAAAAAAUCAUUUGUAUAAAACAGAACAAGAAGGUUAUGAUCAAGACCUUUUAUUUCUCAUACAUGUUCCUCGGUCAAUCAGGGGAACAUAAGGGAUACUUAAUCAUUCUCCCAAAACAGAGAUUGGAAAUACAAUCUAAAUUAUUCUAGUGAUCAUGAACUUCUUUUUGUUUUA